AUGACCCAGGACCCCAAGCCCCAAUUCCUCAUCGAUCUCGAGCGAGACGGCUACGUGGUGGUGCCCGGUGUGGUUGGCAAGGAGGAGUGCGCAGAGUUCCAGGAGGCAUCACUCAAAUGGCUCGAGUCGUUCCCAUACGGGUUCAAGCGGGAUGACCGCUCGACAUGGACAAGGGAGAACCUCCCCGAGGGUGCGACUGGUGGCAUCUACAACCGUUAUGCCGUUAGCCACGAGGACUUUGUGUGGCGAAUUAGGGCCCACCCGGGCAUCGUCGAUAUCUUCUCCACCAUCUGGGGCACCGACGACAUCCUCGCCUCGUUUGACGGCAUGAACGUUACCAUGCCCAUUAACGAGAAGACCGGCCGCACCGACAUUCCUCUCACGGAGGCGUGGCCUCACAUUGACCAGAACGCUCGCAAUGUCGACCGUUUUGAGCUGUACCAGGGUAUUGCCAACCUGGCUCCCAACGGCCCCAACGACGGCGGCCUCUGUGUCCUCAAGGGCUCGCACCUCAAGCACGCCGAGCACUUUGCAAGCAUUGGCGGUUUCCGCCCGGAGAAGGACGCCGGCGAGGACCAGAACGCCUACGGCUACAUCGACGAGGACUUCCAGUGGUACAAGGACAACGGGUGCGAGGUGGUCAAGGUGUGCGCUGGCGAGGGUGACCUGAUUCUGUGGGACUCGCGUACCGUCCACUGGAACUCGAGCCCCGUCGGUGAACAGACUCGCUUCUGCUGUUACGUCUGCUACUGCCCGCGAUCGAUGGCGAGCGAGGCCGACCUGGCCAAGAAAUUCGAGGUGUUCAAGGCACGCAAGUGCACGACCCACUGGCCCAACCAGAACAUUGUGUUCACCGACUUGGACAACGACUAUGCCGUCCCCCGCCGUCCUGACGGUACCGUCGACCCCGCCAACCGUGACAAGCCGUUUGUGGACGUUAUCGAGACCCCCGCUGUGCUCCGUCUCGUUGGCGUUAGGGCUUAG